AUGGAAAACAGUUCUAAUAAUGAUCGUGAAUUAAAGAAAAUAAAGGCUGAAGAAAAACGACAAGAAGCAUUAAAAAGGAAAUGGGAUGAAGAAAACAAAAGGAAGAGAGUUAUAGCAGAGUCACUUAAAGAAGUAGAUAAUUUAAAGAAACCAAAACGUAUUGUUUUUAAAGAUAGUGAUGAUGAAUCUGAUGAAGAUACAGGUAAAGAUGAUGUAAUAAAAAAUGGCAAAAGUUGUAUGCAGUUAUUUGACCAUGACGACGACGACAAUUUUGAAGAAAAUCCUGAAGAAUUGAUUAAAAGCAGGCAUGUUGGAAAGAAGGCAGCCAAAUUAAUGGCAUUAGAAUCAAGAUAUGGACAUGAUGAACGUUUCCACCUUGAUAGUAAAUUUUUAGAGAAUGGUGAUGAGGAAAGUGAAGAUGAAGAAGAUGAUGAUGACCAUGAUAUCAAACAUAAAGAAUCCAAAAAAGAUUUAGUUAGACCAUUUAAUAAAUACGAUCCAACAAAUCCUACUCAUAUUGAAUGGAUGAAGAAAUAUAAAGCUAAAAUUGGUUUAACAGAAGAGACUUCUGUUAAUGAAGAAGAAAAGAAACAAGUUGAAGAAAAGAUUGUUGUCGAGGGGCAAUAUUUUAAAGUAGAUGAUGCUUUAAAAAAUGAAAUUUACGGAAAUUCAUCUUCAUUUUCUUUUCUUAGUUCUAUUGGUAGACCUGAAGAAAAGGCUGUUGUUAUACAAAAACCUCAAGAACAAAUUGAGGUAAAAGAAUCUGUUAGUAAAAAGAAAAAAGAACAACCAAAAGUAGUGCCUAAACCAAAAUUAAAUAGUAUUGUUAUUAAAAAAUUUUUCAUCAGUCCAAAUACAAAUGAAUUUAAAAGUAUUAUAGCAAAUUUUAGGAGAACUCAAAAAGAAGAAAAUAUUAAAAAUGCAUUCAAAAAAGCUCAGCCUAAAUUAAAUUUAUGUUACCAAUCAAUUAAAAAGAAUACAAAACGAAAAUUGAAAGAUAAUAAUCGUAAACCUGUGUAUAAUAAAUUUAACAAAUGA